UCCUACCAUUUUCCUAGUACUUUGCUUGUUGCCGUCAAGUCCUAGGCCGCUAGCCCGCGCUAGCUCAGUCCGCGCCACCGUCAAUAGCGCUUUACCAACAGUAGGCACUGUCCAUAGCAGCUGCUGCUACCUGCAUUUGUAACAACGAUGCAAGGAGUUCACUGCAAUCAGCGACAUGCGAUGGCCCGGAGCAGUAACGUGCGGGUUCCUGCAGUAACUCCCUGCAAGCUCGCCCCUCCUGCACACCCCCACCUCCAUCCGCGCGGCGGGAAGGACACCCCCUCCUCCUCCUCCUCCUCUACCCGCCCCACCUUUUUCUCCCCCUCAGUCCCCUCCGCCACCAGCUCCUCCGCCGCCUCUUCCUCCUCCUCCGCAUCGUCAUCAUCAACCUCUACGGCACCUCUUCCUCCCGACUGGCGCCAGCGCGCCCGCCCCAUCCAGCCCGGCAGCAGCUACCCCGCCAAGCAGUUCUGCAGCAGCUGCGGCCUGUGCGACAGCUACUUCGUGGCGCAUGUGAAGGACGCGUGUGCCUUUCUGGGGGAUGGUAUGUCGCGUAUUGACGCCCUGGAGGAGCGAGUUCACGGUCGGCGGCGGGACGCGAGGGACGAUGAUGAGCUGCACUUCGGUGUGACAGCGGCCAAGGCGUAUGCCAUGAACACUCCGGCGGUGGACGGAGCACAGUGGACCGGCAUUGUGACGCAGAUUGCCAUCGAGAUGCUUCAGAGCGGCAAGGUGGAUGCCGUGGUGUGUGUGCAGAGCGACGAGAACGACAGGUUCACUCCUAAGCCGGUGGUAGCCCGCAGCGUGGAAGAUAUCAUCAAGGCCCGCGGUGUGAAGCCCACACUGUCGCCCAACCUCAACGUGCUGGCCACGGUGGAGGCGCUGCAGGUCAAGAAGCUGCUGUUCAUCGGAGUGGGCUGUCAGGUCCAAGCGCUGCGCUCCAUCGAGCCCUACCUGGGGCUAGACGCGCUGUACGUGCUGGGAACCAACUGCGUGGACAACGGCCCACGGGUCGGCCUGGACAAGUUCCUGCGUGCCGCCUCCAGCCGCCCGCAGGAGGCGCUGCACUACGAGUUCAUGCAGGACUACCGGGUCCAUGUGAAGCACACGGAUGGCUCCUUCGAGUAUGUGCCGUACUUCUGCCUUCCCGCCAAGGACCUGAAUGACGUCAUCGCGCCCUCCUGCUACUCCUGUUUCGACUACACCAAUGCACUGGCGGACAUGGUGGUGGGCUACAUGGGGGUGCCGUACAUGGGUCAGGACAUGACCCGCCACCCGCAGUACCUUGUUGUACGGAACGCCCGCGGACAGGAGCUGCUGGACAGUGUACGGCACCGCCUCAAGAUGACGCCCACCAUCUCAACGGGCGACCGCCGCAGCGUGGUGAUGCAGACGGUAGCCAGUGACGACGAGGCCAAGAUGGGCAAGCUGCAGGGCCCCGCACCCCGCUGGCUGGGCAACAUCCUCGCCUGGAUACUCACCUUCAUCGGGCCCAAGGGCCUGGAGUUCGGCAAAUACUCCAUCGACUAUCACUACAUCAGGAACUACCUGUACGUCAACCGCAACUGGGGCGCCAAGCGGGCGGAGCAGCACAUCCCCUCGUACGCCAAGGAGAUCGUACGGCAGUACGACAAGGACGGCGCUGUCAGCAAGCGCCUGAGCCUGAAGCCCAAGUUCUAAGGUACGGGUGUGGGAGCAUGUCCGCACAUCUUGUGGAGCUGAAGCCCCUGCUAAGCAUGCGGAACGAGGUAUUGUUGCAUCGUACAAUGCAACAGUACCUUUCUUAAGGUGUUGGCGCGGUAUUACCAGUAACGGUAUGUUGGGAGGGGAUGGGGUGCCUGUGCGGACUGACCUACAUCCCCCGUUCAGGCUCGUUGCACUCAGUGUGUGUGCCAUGGUACAAAGGUUGUUGCUUGGGACAUGCCAUCGGGGACAGGACUAACGACGGUAGUGUUAAAAAAUGCGAGGCAUACAUGUAUUUAUAUGGUGAAGAUCGUGCAGAGAUCUAUGUUCGGACAUAUACAGACGGUAGUAGAAGUAGGUGUUGGUACUGGAACGGUCAGAAUCAGGAACAAAACCUGUUUUUACGCCUGGUACUUCCCCACAGGGAUAGCUCAGAUUAAGUUGGGAACAUCUCGUGUGAGCCCUUAUGUUGAGGGUUAUGAUUGUCGUACGGAGGCGAAUUUCCUUGUCGCCGCCGUUUGCUAUGCGUUGAUGUGUUAGCACUCUUUGCAUGAAGCGGCCGCCAGAGCCAGGCAGACACCAUGCCACAUGUCGGGCUACUGUGCGGUACGGUGAUGACCAAUAACGCUUGAGCUCCGAUGCGGAAUAGGCAUGGGCUGGUGAAGCUGCAGUUGAACUAGAACCAACAUUAACAUCAAGUUCUCAUUAUGCACCUCACAGUACCUGUAAUGUAAAGGGUACAUACCGGUGCCGGGACUUGGCAACAAAUGGUCAGACAAGGGCUCCCUAAACAUUAGUACAUACCAUAUGUUACAUUCCGACGUCCACGUGAAACAGCUACAGCCCAGUCACAAAUGCGUGAAGGACGUAGUGUCAACCUCGUUGCCUUCCUAGCCAGCAUCUUAGUCCCCGGCCGUUAGCCCACGCCAAUGUGGUGUGGGUGUACGUCAAUUAACCUGUACAGUCACG